GCUCCUCUAAGAAUUUUUUUAAAAUGCAGGAAUCUUCAGAUUCUCACACAACAUAAUGAUAAUUUUCACUGAUUCCACUUUUCACUGAUAAAUGCUAGGAAUGGCCAUCUGAAAAAAAAAAGAGUAAAAAGAAUUGACCUAUGGAUGAUUCUGGUUAUUUUCUUUUUAAUUGAUGACAGUUCUGAUACUCCAGCAAAAAAGAAAGACACACAGCUAAAUCUUUUAUAUGGCAGUUAUAACCAAUUGGAAAGUAAAUCUGAUUGUAUUGCGGAUGUGACUUCUGACUUCUCAACUUCUGAGCAGAUGUCCAUGAGAGCUACAUUUCUAAAUGAAAAUUGAAAAUCAAAGUUGGAACCUUCAGAACAAUCAGAAUUCUAGGAGCCUGCCAAGUCUGCAACCUAAUUAGGCUGUCAUUUCAGCUUUCUAAUGAUGUAUUUUUCUUCUGAGUAGAUUUUCAACACAUCGCUAUUUGAGAAUCCUCCUGGAGGUUAUGAAAAUAUUUCUGGAGUGCUGCCUCCUUACAAUGCCUUCUCAGCACAGGGUGAGCCACUGAUCUGGUGUAUAUCAAUUAUGGACGCACUGAAGACUUUUUCAAGUUAGAGCGAGAAAUGGGAAUUAACUGUACGGGAAAGAUUCUCAUUGCCCGGUAUGGAAAAAUAUUCCGAGGAAACAAAGUUAAAAACGCCAUGUUGGCCGGAGCAAAAGGAAUUAUCCUUUACUCUGAUCCUGCAGACUACUGUGCACCUGGAGUCAAACCCUACCCAGAUGGGUGGAAUCUUCCUGGACAGGGAGUUCAGCGUGGAAAUGUGUUAAAUCUAAAUGGUGCAGGAGAUCCUCUUACUCCAGGCUAUCCAGCCAAAGACUACAUGUUCAGACUUGAGGUUAGCGAUGGAGUGGGAAUUCCCACCAUUCCAGUUCACCCCAUUGGCUACCACGAUGCUGACGUUUUAUUACGGUUCAUGGGGGGCCCUGCAGCUCCAGACAAGAGUUGGAAAGGAAAUCUCAAUGUAUCCUAUAACGUUGGGCCUGGAUUUUUAGAACGCUACUCCACAAGAAAGAUUAGGAUGCAUGUUCACACUACCAGUCAAAUUAGACGGAUAUAUAAUGUGAUCGGAAGCAUCAAAGGAACAGCAGAACCUGAUCGGUACAUAAUCUUUGGAGGCCACAGAGAUUCCUGGGUCUUGGGGGGUAUUGACCCCACCACGGGAGCUGCUGUUCUUCAAGAGGUGGCUCGCAGUUUUGGCAAGAUGAUGGAGAAAGGUUGGAGGCCUAGAAGAACUAUCCUUUUUGCCAGCUGGGAUGCAGAAGAAUUUGGGUUAUUGGGCUCCACAGAGUGGGCAGAGGAAAACAGCAAAAUUCUUCAGACACGGGCUGUGGCUUACAUCAACACUGAUUCUUCCAUUGAAGGCAACUACACCUUGCGAGUUGACUGCACUCCCCUUCUGAACCAGUUGGUGUAUAAUCUGACAAAAGAGAUCUCAAGUCCUGAUGAAGGAUAUGGAGGAAAAUCUCUCUAUGAGAGUUGGCUUGAGAAGGACCCUUCCCGUGAAAAUAAUCAGCAACCCAGGAUCAACAAGCUUGGAUCAGGCAGUGAUUUUGAAGCUUUCUUUCAGAGACUAGGGAUUGCGUCUGGCAGAGCCCGCUACACUAAAAACCGGAAAGUGGACAAAUACAGUAAUUAUCCUGUUUACCACACUACCUAUGAGACUUUUGAACUAGUCAAGCAGUUUUACGAUCCCACUUUCCAGAAGCAGCUCACUGUUGCUCAGCUACGUGCAGGCUUGGUCUAUGAGCUUUCCAGUUCCCCAGUUCUUCCCUUCCAGUGUCAGGACUAUGCAGAAGCUUUGAGACUCUAUGCCAAUGAAAUCUAUGACCAGGCCAAGAAACACAAAGCACAACUUGAGAUGUACAAAGUAUCAUUUGAUCCCCUCUUUUCUGCUGUGAAUCAUUUUGCAGAUGUAGCAACAGAUUUUCACCGCAGGCUUUCACAGCUUGAUAUGAAUAACCCCAUUGCUGUACGGAGCAUGAAUGAUCAGCUGAUGCUUCUGGAGAGAGCUUUCAUUGAUCCUCUUGGUUUGCCAGGCAAACUGUUCUACAGACACAUCAUUUUUGCUCCAAGCAGUCACAACAAAUAUGCAGGCAUGUCAUUCCCAGGGAUCUAUGAUGCUCUUUUUGAUAUUGACAGCAGGACAGAUCCACGCAAAGCUUGGGAGGAAGUCAAGAGGCAGAUCUCUAUUGCAGCCUUCACUGUCCAGGCUGCUGCAGGGACUCUGGAAGCUGUGUUGUAAGACAGUGGUGGCAGAACUGAAGAAUUUCAGUGGCCUAUUUGAUUUGCACGGCCAGAAAGUUUUCCUCCUUCAAAUGCAUGUAAUUUUACAACCACAGGACAUCACAAUAACGCUGUUUCCAGUACUGAUUUGGACAUUGAUCAAAUUGGAAUGGAGAUGUGAAAUCCCCCUACGCUCCUUUCUCCAUAUUCAGUUCCAAUAUUUAUUUCCUUAGGCAGUCACAAACACCUGGCUCCAAGUGGCCAAGCCUAGGGAUGUCAAUAUUGUUCUGUACACAAAUUGGCCUAUGAAUGGAGUAGCUGGUUUAGGACAGCCCAUGCCUGCUUGGGCAUUUUGAAUUAUGCACAAAAUGCAACAGGGCUGUUUUGCUGUUUGUAUGGAACAAAAUGUGGCUGUUUUCUUCUGAGCACUAAUGAAGAAGGUGGGAAGAGGGCUGAGAAAUUGUU